GCAGUUGCCUCCUCCCGCUCCGCUCCGAGCGGCGCCGCCGGCACCGGGACCGCGGCCCAGGGGCCUGGCCGGGCCUGCGCCUCGCUGCUGCCCCGCGGCCUCCCUCCUCCCUCCCGACACCGGCGGUGCAGAGCACAGCUGUGAAGAUGUUCAACAAGUCCUUUGGGACCCCCUUUGGGGGCAGCACAGGCUUUGGGACCUCCUCCACCUUUGGCCAAAGUGCUGGCUUUGGUACCACGAGUGGGGGAGCCUUUGGCACCUCAGCCUUUGGCUCCAACAGCAACACUGGAGGCCUCUUUGGGACCACCCAGACAAAGCCAGGAGGCUUGUUUGGCUCCACCACCUUCAACCAGCCUGCCACCUCCUCCACCAGCACUGGCUUUGGCUUUGGCACCUCCACUGGCACCUCCAGCAGCCUCUUUGGCACCACCAGCACGGGGGGAGGCCUCUUCUCCUCCCAGAGCAAUGCCUUCACCCAGAACAAGCCUGCUGGCUUUGGCAACUUUGGAACCAGCACCAGCAGUGGAGGCCUGUUUGGAACCACCAACACCACUUCCAACCCCUUUGGCAGCACUUCUGGCUCUCUCUUUGGGCCAACCAGCUUCACAGCAGCUCCAACUGGCACCACCAUCAAGUUCAACCCUCCCACUGGCACUGACACCAUGGUCAAGUCUGGGGUGAGCACCAACAUCAACACCAAGCACCAGUGCAUCACAGCCAUGAAGGAGUACGAGAGCAAGUCCCUGGAGGAGCUGCGUUUGGAGGACUACCAAGCCAACAGGAAAGGUCCUUCCAACCCAGUAGGAGCAGGAGCAGCUGCUGGGAUCUUUGGGUCCUCCACAGCCACGUCCAGCACAGCCACAGGGCUCUUUGGUGGCUCCACCACCAACACAGGCUUCUCCUACGGCCCCAACAAGACAGCCUUUGGAACCAGUACCACUGGCUUUGGCACGGGCACCACAGGAGGGCUCUUUGGCCAGGCCUCCCAGACCAGCAGCCUCUUCAACAAGCCCUUUGGCCAACCAACCACCACGCAGAACACAGGCUUCAGCUUCGGCAGCACCACGCUGGGGCAGCCCAACACCAGCACCAUGGGUCUCUUUGGGGUGACUCAGCCCUCCCAGAGCGGAGGCCUCUUCGGCGCCCCUGCGAACACCAACGCUGGCACUGCCUUUGGCACUGGCACAGGCCUCUUUGGGCAGCCCAACACAGGCUUUGGUGUUGGUGGCUCGACCCUGUUUGGGAAUAAACCUACUGGCUUUGGCACCACCACCACCAGUGCCCCCUCCUUUGGCACCACCACAGGGGGAGGCCUCUUUGGUUUUGGUACCAACACUGCUGGGAACAGUUUGUUUGGAAACAAAACUGCAACUGGGACCCUGGGGACAGGCCUGGGGACAGGCUUUGGAACAGCUCUGGGAGCAGGGCAGACCUCCCUCUUCGGCAGCACCCAGCCCAAGCUGGGCGGCACCCUGGGCAGCGGCGCCUUCGGCGCGCCAGGCUUCAGCACCUCGGCGGCUCCGCUGGGCUUCGGCGCCCCCCAGCCUGCUGUGGCCCUGGCAGACCCCGGGGCCUCUGCUGCCCAGCAGGCCCUCCUGCAGCAGCACCUCAACAGCCUGACCUACUCCCCCUUCGGGGACUCUCCGCUCUUCAGGAACCCCAUGGCAGACCCCAAGAAGAAGGAGGAGAGGCUGAAACCAACCAACCCAGCAGCUCAGAAGGCUCUGACCACCCCAACCCACUACAAGCUGACUCCUCGGCCUGCCACCAGGGUGCGGCCCAAGGCUCUGCAGUCUGCAGGCUCGGCCAAGUCCCAGCUCUUUGAUGGCCUGGAUGAUGAUGAACCUGCCCUCUCCAACGGGGCCUUCAUGCCCAAGAAGAGCAUCAAGAAAUUGGUGUUGAAGAACCUCAACAGCAGCAAACUCUUCUCUCCUGGCACUCGAGACACCGAGGAGCUGGCAUCUCCCGCAGAGUACCCCGAGAACGGGGACAGGUUCUUCCUGUCGGUGCCCCCCGAGGAGAACCACCGCGGGGAGGGGGAGCGUGAGGAGGAGGAGGAGCCCCAGGAGGUGACUCGGUUCUACACCAACCCCAUUGCCAAGCCCAUCCCCCAGAGCCCAGACAGCUCUGCCCACAGGCACCCCCCCAGCAGCACCAACAACGUGGAUGACACCAUCGUGGCCCUCAACAUGAGGGCAGCCCUGAGGAACGGCCUGGAGGGCAGCAGCGAGGAUGCCUCCUGCCAGGAGGAUUCCCUCCAGGAUGAGAGGGAAGAGGAGCCAGAGGCCCCCCAGCACCUGCACCCUGCCGGGAUUGUGCUGACCAGAGCUGGUUACUACACCAUCCCCUCCCUGGAGGAGCUCUCUGCCUACAUCAACGACAACAACGAGUGCCUGGUCACAGACUUCACCAUCGGCCGCAGAGGCUAUGGCUCCAUCUACUUCGAGGGGGAGGUGAACCUGACCAACCUCAACCUGGACGAGAUCGUCCACAUCCGCCGCAAGGAGGUCAUCGUCUACCCUGACGACGAGAAGAAGCCUCCCGUGGGGGAAGGCCUCAACAGGCGAGCCGAGGUGACUCUGGACGGGGUGUGGCCCACGGACAAGAGCUCCAGGUGCCUGAUCAAGAGCCCGCAGCGCCUCGGGGAGCUCAACUACGAGGGCAGGCUGGAGGCAGUGUCCCGCAGGCAGGGAGCUCGCUUCAAGGAGUACCGCCCCGAGACCGGCUCCUGGGUCUUCCAGGUUGCUCACUUCUCCAAGUACGGCCUGCAGGACUCAGAUGAGGAAGAGGAAGAUCAAACUGCCAAGGUGGACACCAAGAAGCUCAAAACCACUCCUGUGCCCCCUCCAGGGCUGCUCCCACCCCAGCAGAUGGCCCUCAAUGGCAAACCAACUCCUCCAGCUCAGAGCCCCGAGGUGGAGCAGCUGGGCAGGGUGGUGGAGCUGGACAGUGACAUGGCAGACAUCACCCAGGAGCCUGCCCAGGAGCUGGGAGGAGAAGACAGCCUGGCAGAGGAGCAGGAGGCUGUGCCAGCCUCUACCCACAUCGCCUCCACCCUGGGGGUCAACCCUUACGUCCUGCAGAUCAUGAAGGCUUCUCUGCUGGCUGAUGAGGAUGACCUGGAUCUGAUCCUGGAUCAUGGCCACCUCGGGAAGCCACCUCAGCAGCUGGACACCUCCCAGGAGCUCUGCUCUCCCAGGCUCCCCAUCUCCAGGGCCCAUGGCCAGAAGAGAGCCUCAGUCGGUGGCCUGCUCCAGUCCAAAUUCGCCAGCCUCUUCCACCCCCCCGCCGCUGCUCCUCAAGCGCUGAAGGCUCUGCAGGCUCCGGGCAGCCCUCCCCCGCCGGGGCCGUGGUCUGCAGCCCCUCCCCUGUCGCCGUUAGCCGCCAGCGUCUCGCUGCCCGCGGCCCCCCCCGAGCUGGCGCUGCGGGCGGUGGGGGUGCGGCGGCAGCAGGGGCUGGUGCCGCUGGAGGUCUCCAUCGCCUACGGCAAGGGCAGGCUGCUGAUGGACAUGGGGCUCUUCAUGGGGCGCUCCUUCCGCGUGGGCUGGGCACCCUGCUGGACCCUGGCACACUGCGGGCAGCGCCUGGGCAGCGCCCCCGCGCAGCGCCCCCUGCCGGAGCGCCGCCUGCCUGCGCCCGCCGCGGCGCUCUCGGAGUCUCCUUUCAAGGUUCACUUGGAGAAGCUGAGCUUGGCCCAGCAGGAGGGGGCUGGAGCCCAGCAGCUCUACCUCACCCCCCUGGAGAUCAAACUGAAGCACAGCACUGUCCACAUGGACCAGCCCUGCCCCCUCCUGGCACCCAACCCUGGCGUGGCUGCUGUCCACGACUAUGCCAGCUGGGUCAGGAAGGCAGCUGAGGACUCUGCUGGGGCAGAAGGAGCUGUGGUCAGAGCCUGGUGCCUGGCGUGGACCCUGUGCGAGGCGCUGUGGGGCAGGCUGCCAGGGCUGGCUGGCAGCCCGGACCCCCCCCCGGGGCACAGCCCGGAGCCGCCGCGGGGGCACAGCCUGGCAGAGCCGCGGGGGCACAGCCUGGCACUGCAGCGCCGCGGAGCCUUCUCCCGCUGGCUCUCUGCCGCCGCCGCCGCCCGCGUCCAGCAGGAGGUGUCCCUGGCACCCCGCGGCCACCACCUCGACGCCGUCUUCAGCUACCUGACUGCCAGCAGGGUGGGGGAGGCCUGCAGGCUGGCACAGCAGGCAGGUGACCACAGGCUGGCACUGCUGCUCUCCCAGCUGGCAGGGAGUCAGCCUGUGCGGGACCUGCUGACCAUGCAGCUGGUGGACUGGCACAGGCUGCAGGCUGAUGCCUUCAUCCAGGAGGAGAGGCUCAGGAUCUUCGCCCUCCUGGCUGGGAAGCCUGUGUGGCAGCUGUCGGAGAGGAUCAGCAUCAACAUCUGCUCACAGCUGGACUGGAAGCGCUGCCUCGCCCUGCACCUCUGGUACCUGCUGCCCCCCACAGCCUCCAUCUCUGCUGCCCUGGGCAUGUAUGAGGCAGCAUUCCAGAACAGCCCAGCCAGUGAGAAAUAUGCCUGCUGCCCUCUGCCACCCUACCUGGAGGACUCUGGCUGCGUCCUGGAAGAGGAGGAUCAUGGAGGAAGGCCUCUGAGGGAUGUCUCCUUCCACCUCUUGAAGCUCUACAGUGACAGGCACUACGACCUCGACCAGCUGCUGGACCCCCGGAGUGUGACCUCAGACCCCCUGGACUACCGCCUGAGCUGGCACCUCUGGGAGGUGCUGAGGGCCCUCAACUUCACCCACCUGGGCCAGCAGAGCCAGGGAGUGCUGAACGUGGGCUAUGCUGCCCAGCUGGAGAGCGAAGGCCUCUGGGAGUGGAGCAUCUUCAUCCUCCUCCACCAGCCAGACCCCCGGCUGCGGGAGAAGGCGGUGCGGGAGCUGCUGAGUCGCCACUGCCAGCUGCAGGAGAGCCCUGAGGGCUGGGCCAAGGAGACCUUCCUCACCCAGAGGCUCUGUGUGCCCCCAGCCUGGAUCCACGAGGCCAAGGCAGUCCGAGCCAGGGUGGAGGGGGACAAGCACAAGGAGGCUUUCUUCUUGUUCAAGGCUGGCCACUGGAACCAGUGCCACAGGCUGGUGGUCAGGCACCUGGCCUCAGAUGCCAUCAUCAAUGAGAACUACAAGUACCUGAAGGGCUUCCUGGAGGACCUGGCCCCACCAGAGAGAAGUUCUCUGAUCCAGGAGUGGGAGCUGGCAGGCCUGGUCUACCUUGACUACAUCCUGGUGAUUGAGAUGGUGGACAGGAUCCAGCAGCUGGACUGUUCCCCCUACGAGCUGGAGAGGCUGCACACCAAGGUGACCUCACUCUGCAGCAGGGUGGAGCAGCUGCAGUGCCACAGCGCCAAGGACCGCCUGGCACAGUCAGAGAUGGCCAAGCGCAUUGCCAACCUGCUGCGGGUGGUGCUCAGCCUGCAGCAGCUGCCCGAAGCCCCCCCGGAGCCCCUGGCAGAGCUGCAGAAGGUGCCCCUGAGGCUGCUGGCACCGCACCUGGGCCGCCUGCCCAUGCCCGAGGACUAUGCCCUGGAGGAGCUGCGCAGCCUCACCCAGGCCUACCUGCGGGAGCUGACUCUGUGGACUCACUGAGGGCAGGACCUGCCCCGGCCCUGCCUGCCAUCGCCCUCGGCAUCUGCACCUCCUCCUCUCCGCCCCGGCCCCGUCCUCCCGGGGCCUCCUCCAGCCCCUCCUUGGCCGCCGUGGACUCAGCAGGCUCCAGGGGGCGCCUCCAGCUGCCGCCGCCAGGGAGCACCUCCACCUGCUGCCACCAGGGGGCGCCUCCAGCUGCCGCCGCCAGGGGGCGCCUCCACCUGCUGCCACCAGGGGGCGGCUCCAGCUGCCGCCGACAGCCGCCACCGGGACUGCUUCAGCCGCGGCCGCCAGGGGGGCGCUGCCAGCCGCAGCCUCCAGCACCUAGGGCUUGCUUGGAGCUUUCUGGGCGCUGCCUUCUGCCCCUGAAGCCUGCUCCCGGCUGAGCUCCACCGCCCUGGCUGCAGGCAGAGGCUGCCGAGCAGCUGCUGGAGGGAGGUGGCUGCUGGGGCAGGAGGCUGUGGGAGGAGGAAGAGGAGGCUGUGGGAGCAGCAGGAGGAAGCUCCCGGCUGUGUGCAGAGGUCUCCCUGCUGGUGCUGGAGGAGCUGAGCCUUCAGCAGCCUCUCUUGGCCUCCCUGCUGUGCUCUCCUCAGCCCCUGGGGUGGGUGAGCUGCUGCUUGCUGCCAGGGCUGGCAGUGGAGGUGCCCUGGCAGGUGCCAGCUCAGCUUGUGCCUUACGGCCGAGCUCUGCCCUAAGCUGGACACCUCCUGGGUGCUGCAGGCUGGAGCUUGGCCCCAGGAGCUGGCACCUGCCACACCCUCCCCAGCUCCUUGGGGGCCAGCAGAGGUCACCUGCCCACGGAGGGCAGAACAUCUUCAUCCCCCCCCAGGCUCUUCCUCACCCUCCUGCUGCUGCCCAGCCUGGGCAGGGCUCCCACAGUCUCCUCUGCCCCUUCUCAACCUGCUUUGGUCUCUCCUACAACCACAAAUGACUGAUUUGGGGGGGAGGAUAGGGGGGAAAGGAGCCCACAAAGGCUGAGGUUGGGGUCUCCUGUGGCUCUGGAACCAAGUGUGCUUGGCUUGGGGGGGGGGUCCCGUGGGCUUGGGGGAGCCCCCCCAGGAGCUGCUGGGUGCUGGUUGGAGCCCUGCAGGAGCUUGUUUAGAGCCUGCAGGAGCUGCUGUGUGGGAGCCCUGCAGGAGCAGCCUGCUGGAGCCCCCCCAGGAGCUGCUGAGUGCUGGUUGGGAGGCUCCAGACAAGCUCCUGGGAGCCC